AAGUGAAUAACUGGGAUGAUCUGCGGCUCUCCCAGCAUUGUCAUCUCUGGUUCUCAAGGAAUGAACUUCCCUGCAACCAUGAAAAGAUCCAUAUCCAGAGCCUAUGCCAAUCUCCUCAAAUCUCACCAGCCACUGCCCCUCAUUGGAGUUUCUUUCAGGCACUUCUCAAAAGAUGAACAUCCAGUUAUGCCACCCUGUGAUAUCAAACCAGAAAAAUAUGAGUCCUAUCCAUAUGAACACAUCCUAGCAAUCCGGAAGCAGAGGCUAUCGCCAUCACUCUACACAAUAUAUAAAAAACCAUUGUUGCUGCACCAGGGACACAAGCAGUGGUUAUUUGACUCUGAAGGCCGUCGCUACCUGGAUCUUAUUGCUGGAAUUGUCACUAUCAGUGUUGGCCACUGCCACCCGAAAAUCACAGAAGCUGCUCACAAACAGUUUGGCCAACUGUGUCACACAUCCAACAUCUUCCUGAGUCCCCCGAUUCAUGAAUAUGCUGAGAAAUUAACAAAUCUCCUGCCUGGGAAACUAAAGGUUGCCUACUUUACUAACAGCGGCACAGAGGCAAAUGAAUUGGCUGUACAAAUGGCAAGAGUAUAUACUGGCAACUGUGACGUGAUCAGCCUCAGAGGUGGGUAUCAUGGAAGCAGUCACUUAGCUGUGUCUUUAACAGCAUUGGGUUUCUACAGACCUGGCAUUGCCAUUGGCUCCAACUGCUACACGACAAUGUGCCCAGAUGUGUUCCGUGGUAUAUGGGGUGGAAGUCACUGCAGAGAUUCUCCCGUGCAGACCACAAGGAAAUGCAGCUGCUCCCCGGGUUACUGUGAAGCCAAAGACCAAUAUGUUGACCAGUUUAAGGAAACACUAAGCACCAGUACGGGACAAAGGGUCGCUGCGUUUAUUGCUGAGCCAAUCCAGGGAGGUGCAGGGGCUGUUCAGUACCCCAAAGGAUUUUUACAAGAGGCAUAUAAGCUUGUCCGAGAGAGAGGAGGUCUGUGUAUCGCUGAUGAAGUACAGACGGGUUUUGGAAGAACAGGAAGCCAUUACUGGGGAUUUCAGACUCAUGACGUCAUGCCUGAUAUUGUCACAAUGGCAAAAGGAAUUGGUAACGGUUUUCCAAUGGCAGCCGUUGUAACAACACAAGAGAUUGCCAAGCCCUUCGCCGAUUUUUUGCACUUCAAUACAUUCGGAGGGAAUCCAGUGGCCUGUGCAGUGGGCUCUGCGGUACUUGAUGUCAUUGAGGAAGAAGGUCUGCAGAAAAACUGUGAAGUCGUUGGAACUCAAAUGUUGCUGGAAUUUGCCAAGCUUCGUGAUGAGUUUGAGAUUGUUGGAGAUGUUCGGGGAAAAGGACUUAUGAUUGGAAUAGAAAUGGUCAAAGAUAAGGAAUCACGGAAACCACUCCCUGCUGAAGAGAUGAACUUCAUUUGGGAGGACUGUAAAGACAUGGGAGUGAUCUUUGGAAAAGGAGGCUUAUACGGACAGACUUUUCGGAUCAAACCACCGAUGUGCAUCACGUCAGAAGACGUCGCCUUUGCCGUAGACGUUUUUCAUCGAGCGCUGAGCAGGCACACGGAAAGGUUCCCAAGAUGAUCGGCUACUCAAAGCCAUUAUGGCAAAUAGGCAAACGUGUGCACUUGACAGUCUGACGUUUCGGUAGAUAUAGUAAUUCUAGUGAAUCCCAGAUAGGGAAAGUGGUUUUAUACCUUUAAUGGGUGAAAUGUCUUUUUUGUAUUACAGAAAUCUCUAUAAUUUGUGCUACUGUUUGUUUGCUAAGCAUGUCUGACCACAACAAUGAGCCAAAUGCACACAGAACCGCAAUAUCUCUCGUGAGAAAUAAAAUUCGUCUUUUA